GUGGAUUCGAACGUAUAAAUCUCAGUCCGGGGAAUCAAAUUGAAGUUGGAGAUCACAGUUCAGUGAAUUCAAGUUGAAAUCGAGAGAGAGAGAGAGAGAGAUUGAUCCUUGAAUCACUGCUUAUGCAGCCUUUACAUCAAUCCCAACUUCUCCAGAACUCGGCCGAGGCGGCGAACAAUCAGUCGGAAUCGGAAUUGGACGCGCCGCCGAAGCAGGUGGCUCAGGCCAUGGAUCGACUUAACCAAGCGGCUAGAGUUAUCGCCGAUAUCCGCCUCGGCGCCGACCGUAUCCUCGAAGCCAUGUUCGUCGCUUCGCACCCUCGCCACACCGACAUGCCCCUUCAGCUCUUCCUCAGAGAAGACGCCUCCAUGCGUCAACACCUUCAGGAUCUCCGAUUAAUCGGGAAGAAGCUAGAAGAAUCUGGAGUUCUCACUGAAUCUCUCCGGUCAAGAAGUAACUCAUGGGGUCUUCACAUGCCACUGGUCUGUCCAGAUGGUGCAGUCGUUGCCUAUGCUUGGAAAAGACAGCUUGCUGGCCAAGCUGGUGCGUCUGCUGUAGAUAGAACCAGGUUAGCUCUCAAGGCCUUCACGGAUCAGAAAAGACGAUUCUUUCCUCACAUUGACGAUGGUUCAAAGAUGGAACCAAGUUCUAAAAAACAUCAUGCCUCCCAUUCGCCAUUUGAACAUGGAAGAGAGCAACCGGUUGAUAACAAAACUUUGCCAGAUAUACAAUCGAGUUUAGAGAAUCUGGUCCCGAAUGUGAAGGUGUCUACUUAUGGACGGUUGAGCUGGCUGAAAAGAGCUAAUUCGUUACCUGUGUCAGGUAGUGAUGAUCCAACAGAAGCAUCGAAACCUUUCUUCCAGAGUUCUAGUAAGCUGAGAUCAGGGCUACAGGCUGAAGUUGCUGAUAAGGUUGCUGUCAUUGAAUUAUCAGUACCAUCUGUAUUCAGAGCUAUAGUCUCGUUGAAUCCACCUGGUUCUGUUGAUCCGGAUGCAGUUGCAUUCUUCUCUCCAGAUGAGGGAGGUAGCUACUUGCAUGCGAGAGGCUUCUCCGUUUAUCAUGUUUACAAACACAUCACGGAACAUGCUGCAACGGCCUUGCAAUAUUUCCUCGGCUUUGGUACCGGAGGUGGAACUCCUCUCUACUCUCUUCUGCUAUGGAUAUGCAGUUUUGAAUCACUAUUUAGCAAACCAUGCAGUAAAUGUGGAAGGCUAUUAGCAAUGGAUCAAAAAUCUGCUUUAAUCCUACCUCCUCUACACCGGCCUUACCAGGAGUUACCUCAUGUGGUCAAAACUGGGGAAGCCAACCUCGACGCUUGUGAAGCUUACCAUGCCGGUUGCUCUCCAGAUGAUUCCUAGUGAUUAGGCUAGAGAAAAAAAACAUUUCGUAUGGAUCACUUAAAAGGUCAAAGAAUUAACUUUUUAAGAACAUUUGUAUGGAUCUAUAAUAUCUGCUUAACUCCUUGGCACCUCUGGCUUGUGUCCCAUGUUAAGGUUAGAUGUGAUUUCACAAAACAUCCGCUUUCCUCCUUGACAUUUAAGCGACAAAUAAGCUAAUGGAAACUGAUGUUAUAUCA